AUGAGGACCAAUCUACCUCCCAAGUUGCACAACAGAGUGCGCAUUUAUUGCCAUGCAGCCUGGGACUCCACAUCCAUUUCCAACUCUCCCAAGGCACACGUGACGUUCGUCGCCCGCAUCUUUGUCACAUGUGCCAUACGACUCCUGGUAGGUGUCCUCAAGGACGAAACCGUGGUCGGCACACGAUUUAACCCUUGCUCAGCUUCGCCGCUGGACUGCAAUAUUGACGUUUGUGGACAGCAGCGCGUCUUCUCGUCUGUAGCCCAGGAAUGGCCAGAACAGCUAACGAACUGUGCGCAUUAA